AUGAAUCUCCCGUCAUUCAACAUUCCCAACAACAUCCCUCAAAUUCAAGUCCAGUCGUCCGUCAAUGACUCAAUCUCGCACUCUGACGCUUACCAUCAAGAAACAAUAUCUCACGAUACAAAUUCCAGAGGGAAGAAUGGAGCAAGCGUGAUUUUUGAUGAUAAUUUAAUUGUCGAAGAGAAUAAAGAGUCAAAAUGUGGGAAGAGGUUUUCGUGGAGUGGAGGGAAAGAAAGCUUUAAGAAAAAGUUUAGACGAAUUGGGUAUAACUUUCGAAAGUUUAUCAGAUUCGCUGGACCUGGAUAUCUUAUUGCUGUUGGUUAUCUUGAUCCUGGAAAUUGGGCGACUGAUCUGUCGGGCGGUUCGCAAUUUGGUUACUCGCUUUUGUUUAUUGUUUUUUGUUCUAAUUUGAUGGCAAUGCUUCUGCAGGGAUUGUCUGUAAAAUUGGGAAUUGUUACUGGUCUAGACCUUGCAAGUGCAUGCCGCAUGUAUUUUAACAAGUGGACGAAUUACAUUCUAUAUGUCCUCUGCGAGUUAGCCAUCAUCGCAUGUGAUCUCGCUGAAGUCAUCGGAAGCGCCAUUGCGUUGAACUUACUCUUUAAAAUACCUCUUCCUUGGGGCGUUGCAAUAACCGCAACAGACGUCAUGUUCCUUCUUCUUUUCUACAGAGACGACAGCUUGAAAGCCGCUCGCUUGUUAGAGACUUUGGUGAUGUUCCUUGUCGGUACGGUCGGGAUGUGUUUCAUCUUGGAAUUAGCAUACUCGAAACCAAAUUCUGUUGAUGUGCUACGAGGAUAUUUACCCAGCAGUGGCAUAUUCACCGAUACCGAGCAAUUAUACGUUGCAAUUGGUAUCAUUGGUGCUACGGUGAUGCCUCAUAAUAUCUAUCUACACUCUCACCUCGUAAAGGUACGCAAGAACAAAGAACAUAUAGACGGCUUCAAUGCCAUGAUUGAAAAAGAGGACAACGGGGAGACUCCCCCGACUACUGCCGAAGUAUUCAAGAAAGUCACUUAUUCAACCAUAAAAAUGUCGGUUCUGGACUCUUCGGUUGCCCUGACCUUUGCGUUAUUUGUCAAUUCGGCCAUUCUUAUUGUCGCUGCUGCAAACUUUUUCUAUUCCGACUCGCAGCAAGAAGUAGCCGAUUUGUUCGAUGCUCACCGAUUGUUAUCUCGCUAUCUUAGUCCAGCUGCCGGAAUAUUAUUUGCACUAGCACUGUUGAUUGCCGGACAGUCGUCCACUCUGACUGCUACAAUGGCCGGGCAGGUGGUUAUGGAAGGUUUCACCGGUUGGCGUAUUCGGCCGUGGUUGAGGAGAUUAAUCACACGCGGGCUGGCCAUUAUUCCCGCUAUGGCCAUUGCUAUCAUAAAAGGGCCUAGUGGACUGAAUAGUUUGCUUGUUGCGUCACAAGUAGCAUUGUCUAUUCAACUGCCAUUUGCUGUUAUUCCUCUCGUUUAUUUCACCGCCCAUCCAAAGGUAAUGAGGAUUGAUACUGAAAACGUCAGGAACAAGUUGCUGAGAGAUGGUAACGGAACGGAUAAUGAUAGAUCGGAUGAAAACAAUGGGCGGGACAAUAACAUGUCCGGUGAUAACAAGGACUCUGUCGUGGAUUUCCGUAAUCCUUUGUGGCUUACUAUUAUCGCUGGUAUAAUUAGUCUCAUAAUAUUAGGACUUGACUGCUAUCUCGUUGUUACUACUAUUAAAGAUGCGAUUGUGGGAGAGGAAAGUAUAGAAUAA